UGAUGCGGGGCUCGAUUCCAGGACCCUGGGAUCCUGACCUGAGCCGAAGGUAGAGGCUUAACUGACUGAGCCACCCCGGUGCCCGCAUGUCACCCUGUUCUUGCAGUGGAAGGGUGAAGCUCAUUUUUAGCAAAUCGCACAGCUUAACCGGGAGCACAUUUCCCCACCCUGAGAAUUCUUGUUGUCGGCCAGACAGUAGCUUUGGAGCGCUGGGUCACCCACCAGGGUUUUAGAUGGUACGUGUCGGAAGUGUAAUUGCCCAGGUAACGGUCAGCCGCAGCGACGGCUUCUGUCUAGACGUUCCGGUGUAUUGUCUGGUGGGCUCUGCAGCAUCGCUCUGGAAGGCAUCCACCGGCCACACCCUCACAAUUUGCACUCCAAGAAACUCCAUCCUUACCGCGGGCCCCACAGAUGACUAAAUAAGAUGUGUGGUUAUUCCCCACAGUUUGGCUGGACUUGUACCGAAGGAGGGGAUUUUUUCUGGUGAUUAUACAGCGAUUUGCAGGCCAGGGUGAGGGCGAUGGUCUGAUGAAGUCAUGACUGCUAGCCCGGCCCAAGUCUUCAGCGCUGGGAAGGCUCGGCUAGACGGAGGUAAGCUCCGGAGCUCGCAUCCUGUUGCGUCAAUAUGUUGCCGAAACUGACCUUCUCGGGACCCUUCUGUCUGGGACUCUUCUGUCUGUGUCGGUUUCCAGCAGAACGCGCUGAGAAAGCUGUCUCAUUCUUCCAGUGGGGCCUUUUCCAUAGUCCCAUCUUGACUCUUCACGGUUUCUUGUUGGUGGUAGCGUCUGUCCCUAGGCUGGCUUUUGUCUCCCAAGAGUAACGAGGAAGAAGUUUGGUCCUUAAUCAAAACAAAGGCACGGCUCUGCCCCCAGGCACCUCUUCUGGGCCCCACCUGUAGGCUCCAGGCAUUGGGUACACAGACCCAGGCUUCCUGGACCACGCAGCCACGGUCCAUGUUCCUGCGGACAGUCAUCCUUAGGCGGACCCCAGUUCGGUCAUCCAGGGAGAGAAUUUUUCUGGUCCCUCAGCAGCGGGAAGGCUGCUCUGCUGGGUGGCCUGGACGUCCACGUGUCAUUCCAUCAUUCAGAGAUGUUUACCUUGUAUGUGCCCAGCACUGUGCUCGCAGCAGGGUACGGCAGGGGACGGGACAGGCCAGGUCUCAGGCUUUGAGGAACUUACAUGCCAUCGGAACUUGUCAGUGAACAAGUAAACAAACACAAUGACCUCACAAGCUGGUUAGGGCCCUGAGAAAACGGUGCCUCCUUCCUGCGAGAGGCAGAGUUUGCCAGGCAAGAAGCUGUUGAUGGCGAGCAUGAAGGGAAGCCACGGGUGGUGGUCACCUCUCACCUCUGCGUGUGGCAGACGGGACUGUUGCUUAAACCACAGUGGUUAGGAGCUCAGGCUCUGGAAUCAGGUUUUGGCCGAGACCCCCUAAGUUCAUGUUGGAACCACUGAGAGAAUAUGUCAAGUGUGUGUUUCACAGCGGGCCCUCGGUGUUGGCUAAAUUUGUGGUUUUAAGAAAUCCUGAGAACCGGAGGGCAGCCCUGGGAGAAGCCCUUCCCGGGGGCACUCGGAACCUUCUGGUCCAGAGGAGAAGGCGUUCCCCUCACCUGGACUUAUGACCCGCGGCUUUGCUCCCAGUCUGCCCACUGAGUUCCACAAGAUGGGCUCCUUCCGCAGGCCCAGGCCGCGUUUCAUGAGCUCCCCAGUGCUCAGCGAUCUGCCCCGGUUCCAAGCAGCCCGGCAGGCUCUGCAGCUCAGCUCCAACUCGGCCUGGAACAGCGUCCAGACUGCCGUGAUCAAUGUCUUCAAAGGAGGUGGCUUGCAAAGCAACGAGCUCUAUGCACUGAAUGAAAACAUCAGGAGGCUGCUGAAGAGUGAACUUGGAUCAUUCAUUACGGACUAUUUCCAGGCUUGUGAAUCUGUGCCGUCUGGUCUCAGAGGGGAGAGCUGGAUCCUGGUAUCUGUCUCCUGUUCAGUUGUUGCGAUACUGCCUGUCUUGUCUCUGGAAAAUUGCACGAACCAGCUUCUUGCAAAAGGCCUGUUGUUCGUGGAGGAGAAGAUUAAGCUGUGUGAAGGUGAAAAUCGCAUUGAGGCUCUGGCUGAAGUGUGGGACCACUUCUUCACUGAGACUCUCCCCACCCUGCAGGCAAUAUUUUAUCCAGUUCAGGGCCAGGAGCUGACCAUCCGUCAGAUCUCCCUGCUGGGCUUCCGUGACCUGGUGCUGCUGAAGGUGAAGCUGGGGGAUGUGCUGCUGCUGGCCCGGUCCCCACCGCCCCCGUCCAUUGUCCAGAUGCUGCUCAUCCUACAGAGUGUCCAUGAGCCCACGGGCCCCAGUGAGGGUUAUUUGCAGCUGGAGGAACUGGUGAAGCAAGUGGUGUCUCCCUUCCUGGGCAUCAGUGAGGACCGCGGUGUCUCGGGUCCCACGUACAUGGCGGCCAGACGCCACUCCAGGGUCCGGCCCAAGGUCGCGGUCCUGAGCUACGCCUGCCCGACGACUGCCCUCAGCCGGCCCCUGAAUGAGACAGCCCUGACCCCGCUGACGGAGCAGGAGGGGGAGGCCUAUCUGGAGAAGUGUGGCAGUGUGCGGCGGCACACGGUGGCCAACGCCCACUCGGACAUCCAGCUGCUGGCGAUGGCCUCCAUGAUGCACUCGGGCCUGGGUGAAGAGCCUGGCGGGGAGGACCAGUGCCUGCUCCUGCCGGCCAGCUUCUCGCCCCCGCACCGACAGUGCUCCAGCGAGCCCAACAUCACCGACAGCCCCGAUGGCCUGGAGCAGGGGACUGCGGGCAGCCAGGAGGACUCCGAGCUGAACUGUGCUUCCCUCAGUUGAACGCCCAGCCCCAGGACUUCCCAGCUCCGGCCUGCCACUGGCAUGAGAACGGCUCUAUCCCCGGGGUCAGUGGCGGGGGGCACACCAAGGGGCUCCUCCUGGAGGCCCAGUCCAAGUGCCCCGGUCGUGAACCUCUCCAUGUUCAUGACUGUGACCCCCUCUCUGCAGCCACACAGACCCAACUGCCUGAUGCUUUCUUUCUGCUUGCUUGACUCCGGAUACUCCUCUCUGGGCUCUUCCACCAGAUUAGUGCUGUCGGCUGUUCCCGACCAUAUCGCCCAGGGCCCCUGGCAUCAUGACAGCGUGAGGUCGGAUGAGCCGCCCACAAAGCUGGCAAGGAUGCGCUGGCCUCCGGAGCUCCCGUGUAGGGGCUUGUGAUGCGGGGCUCCUAGAGCGGUACCUCUCCUCCCCUGUUCUGCGCGGAGCGAGAGCAGGCAACAGCUCCUGCCGAACAGGACGCUGGGAACGCGCCUCCCUUAUUACGCUUUCGGAAUUCCUGGGAAGAGUUGACCCCGGUGGGUGAGGGUCCUUCUCACUUGUAUCCAGAUGCUACAUGCCACCUUUGGCUUUUGGUCCCAGGGGGCCACACGGCUGGAGAAACCCCCUCUUUGACAAAGCCUCAGCGCUCCCCUCUCCAGCCUCCUCCCAAGCACAAAGAACUAACCUCCCUGGUGGAGUAGCUGGUGCCUUUGUUCCUCUCUCAUUUCAGAAACUGACCAUUUUCCUGCUGUGGGGUUGUGGGGCCAGUGGAUGCCAACCAAGUAGUCUGUUCCUGGAUUUGACUUGAAUUUUUUAAAUGUGCAUUGUUUAAAAAAAAAAAAAUAGUUUGCAAAUAUUUGCACGUAGGAUCUUGCACUGCUCAUUUCCAAGGGGGUUUGUCUUCAAACUAGAAAAUAAACAACUCCCCCCUUAGGAAAGGAGCCUGGAAGUGGCUCAGGGUGCAGGCUGGGUGGUGGUUGGGGUUGGUCAGCUGCGGAGCGCUGGAAGCAGCCGGACUUGAAUCCAGGGUGGCCUGUGUUAGUGAGCAUCACGGUCUACAGCACCGAGGUGGGGAGCCUCAGUUUGCCUCGAGCAGAGGGUCGUGGUGAAUGGAAUGUCUCAGUGCUGUACAGCAGGGGAAGAUGAGGGAGAUGUGGGCAGGACCUUUUAGAGAGAUGUUCAUUCCCUGUGAUUGAAGAAGUGCCUGGAAUUUCUAACAUCUGAGCUCUCAACGUGCUGUUUGGGGCACCAGGCUUUGGUACUGUGCUGAAUCCUUGACACUGUUCCCUCCAGGUCUGGGCUCUUUGUCCAUCUGGAACCACUGUUCUCUGUAUUUGCCUGUUGGCCCCACUGGUAACAGCUCCAGAAAAAAAGAGAAGGCUCUCCUGAAUCCUUCUGGUACCUUCUAAGUGUCCUGUUAGUCUUUGGAAACUGUUAAUGAGGCACGAGCCAGCUUGGCUUCCAGUUUGGCAGGAGGUGGCUGGGAGGGGACAAGGACAGUGUGAGCCGCCGGCAGGGAACGAGGUCUUCUAAGUAUAUCUGAGCCUUGAUGGCACAUCCCUUCUGGGCGAAGAUCUGGACUAUGACCAGAGUCAUGCUUUGGAUGGCUUGUACUAUGGAAAGUUUGUUUUAAAAAGUUGUCUCAUUUUUAUUCUUCUAAGAGAAUGUGGAAGAGAAAUGUCCCAGGGAGAUCUUCGGAGAAUUUCAAACAAAAAGAAAUCAUCUCUGUGUCUGCAUUGGGUGAGGUCCACAAAUUGACUAAUGUGCAUUAGCAAUCUAGAACAUCCGUAAGUAACAGCGUGAUGGUUUCUUUGACUGGUGGUGUCUGUCCUUACUGGUACACUUAGCACUUGGGACUAGUAUUUAUUGAUCCAGGCAAAGUCAUUAAUCAUGCCUGGGUUUGCUUUUUUAGUUUACAACAUUCAUGAUAUAUACACUUUUAAAUGCCUUGUGUGUCUCCUUUAGGAGAACAGCAGUCAUGGGUUAAACGUGAGCUGUUAGGUGGAGAACCGGAGGGUCGGGAUAGCCCCCAUACACUCAACGGCUGAUGACUGUCAGCCAGUUGGCGAUUUCACCUUUGAUGUCCUGCCCGAUACUGCGCAGCGCCUAUUUCAGACUCUACGGAAAAAACGUUAUGUUUAUGGGCAUUUUAGCCAUCAGAGCUGUGGCGAGGGUGACAGCUGUAGUGUUUGUAAGCUCUUUUUCUCCCUUUGUGAGAUGAGGCUAGGAUCUCCUGGGGGCUGCGUUUUAAUGACAGGAAGCCAUCACGACUCCAAGCUCUGGGUGAGCUCACAACCCAAAAACGUUUCAUGUCGUCCGUUUCCAAAAUAGAUUCAAUAAACAUCGUUUUGUACACGUCA